AUGGAGAUACCUUCCAACAUUACCCUGUCUACUGUGGACCCAGUUCUGAUUCUACACAAGGUUGAAAAUUUGAGCCAGGGUAGACGACAAGCCAUAAUUUUUGGCAUCGUGGGAGUUGUGGCAUUCACCUCGUAUGGAGCUGUUAACUUACAUUGGUCAAGACGGAGUAGAAGAAUACAGAGGGACUUAGAGCUUCAAGAAUACAAUGAUUACAGAAAAUUGUGUCACAACGCAGAGCUUCAAGUUAUAGGAGCCAAAAGGGAAAUAUUAACACGUGAAUUAUCACGCCUCCCCGGACCUGUGAGAGUACACGAAACUGCUGGCGCAUUAGCUAAUAUUGGAGAGAUGUUGGAGAUGGUAUCAACUAACAUGACCUACAUAAAACGGCCACUGCAGCAACAAAAUGGCAAUUCCUUCGAGCCGACGCUCCCCUUUGAAAGUCGGAAUCCGC